AUGUAAUAAAUUACAAAUUAGAAGUUUGAGUCACUUAGAGAACAAUUAGUCACAUCCUAUAAAUAAUCUCAGAUAUUUUCUACAUUGAGACAUUAAAACCAGCUAUACUAAUCUUCAAUUAUUUAGAGUUAAGAGAGUUUUUUAGAAUAGAGUAACAUUGAAUAGGAAUAAGGAACGUUACAUUCAUCAGUUAAAUCUACUAAGAAAAAAAAAUAAUAAGCCAGAGUGGUAUACAUUUUAUUUAUACCUAUAGAUGAAUUCUUAAUACAAUUAAAAAGAAAUAUUUUAAAGUUUUACUAAAGGCAUUAUUCCAAAAAUCAUUCUUAUAUAAAGGAACUAUCGGAGAUAUUUAAAUAGAAAACUUUUUCAUAAAAAACUUAGGUAACUUAGAAAUAGGAAAUAUGUUGUUGUAGAAUUUCACUAAAUUGAAAAAAAAUAUAAUGAAGACCUAAAUAUUAUUGUUGGAAGAAUGAUGUCAGAUAUUAGGUAAUUAUUUAAAUUUGCUAUUUAGUCAGACGUAAUGCUAUUCUAACUGAAGAUGAAUUAAUAUCUCUGUUUCUUAAUGUUGAACAAAUACAAAAACUUAAUGUUAAAUUUUUUUAUACCAUUUAAUGUAAUUUACAUUUCUAUUUAAGAAAUUUUGCAAAAAUAUAGACAUUUUAUUAUUAUAUCCCAAUAAUUUAAGAAUUAAAUUCCUUUUUUCAAAAUCUAUUAUGAGUAUUGCAGUAGAUUUUAAUUAGAAAAUAUCAAUAAAUUAAGAAAGGACAAGGUAGCUUAUAAUUAUUAUUUUUAGGCAGAAUUCAACUCUUAUAUUUAAAAUAUAGAGGCAAAUGGAAUUUUAAAUGGUUUGACUUUUGAAUCAUUUCUUGUUAAACCUGUAUAAUAAUUACCUAGAUAUGUUUUGAUGAUAGAAAAAUUAAUUAAAUAUACUGAAUUGAAUCAUCCUGAUUAUGCUGGACUUAAAUAAAUACAAGAAUAAUUCUCUAAAAUCAAUGAAUAAAUCAACCAAAUGAUGAAUACGUAACUAAGUUAAUAAUUUACUUAAUAGAACAUAAAGUAAUUUGAAAUUACUGGCGUAAUUCGGAACAAUUGAUUAAUAGGAAAUUGAGAAGAUCUAAAAAAAGUAGCAAGAAGAAGAACAAUUCCUAAAAAAAUUAUAAUAAUAAGUUUCUAUAUAAAUUGUAUCCUCUUUCAAAUAGAAGGAUGGAAUCAAUACAUUUAUAGUUUAUAUUGUCUAAGUACUAUAUCUUUCAUAUUUAAAGAUUUAAAUUAAUAAUUAUAGAAUCAGAACAUAUCAAAGGUUUAGUGAUUUAAUUGAACUUGAAUCUAUUUUAUUGAAUAAUAAUUUUGGAAUAGAUUAAUUACAAAAUAACUGUAUAAAUUUAAUUUCAGAGAAUCAAUUAAUCAAAGCUAGAUAAGAAUAUAUCUUAAAUUUCUUAAAAUCCAUAUUUUUGAAUUAAUCAAUGAAACAAUAUCAAGAUGUUCUCAUUUCCCAUCUUGACCUCCCUGAAAAUUUUUUUAUUUUAGAUAGUAUACAGAGUGAUACAUUAGUUACAAUUAGAGGUAGUUAUACAACUCAAAUGAGAAAUACUUAAUUUUAAGAAGAUGAGUUUGAAAUUAUUGUGAUUUUACCAGAUGAUAAAAGUAUUACUUUAUAAAUAACUUAACAUUGUAAAACUAUUGAUUUAAUUGAUACUGUUUGUAGAUCAAUAUUUUUAGAUAAAAAUUUUGAUUUCAAAUUGAUGAUUAUUUAAAACAAUAAUUGUCGUUAUCUUGAUGAUAAUGAAGUUGUUUAUAAAGUAAUGAAAAAUUACAAUCAAAAAUAAAAAAGUAUAUUAUAGUAUGAUUAAAUUUUUAGAUUUCUUGUCUAAAUUUUGUAAUGGUAUCUAUUAUUCAAUAAGUUCAUCACAAUAACCGAAAUUUUAUUUAAAGAAAUAUUUAUAUUUGUGUUUUGAGAUUGAAUUUUAGGAAUUUAGUAAAAAUAAAAUGAGAUCGCAAUUAUUAUUUUAUUAAGAAUUAUCAUAAUUGAAAUUGAAUCAUUCUCGCAUGAGUCAAAAAGAAUAUGUAUUUUUAUGUGCCUUAGCUAUAUGUAUUUUAUACAAUAAUGAAGUACAUAAGAUGAGAACAUUUGAAUAAGUAAGAAUGCAAUGGUUUUAAAACUAUGUGCCAUUAUUAAUUUUAAAUAAUACUAAAAAAUCAGAUUGGAAAAAAUAAAUAUUUUAAUAAAUUCAAAAUAUUUUAAUUCAAUUUUAAACCUAAAAAUAUUAAUUAGAGGGCAAAAAUGAAAUCAGAUAUUUUGAAAUAGAAUUUCUAAAUAAUCUAUAUAAAUAAAAACUACAUGGUAUAAAAAUAUUUACAGUAAAAAUGUUACAUAAUUCACUUUUGAAUAAAUAAAAAAGAAUGCCUCUUAAAGUAACUUUAGGUAUUUUACAUAAUGAAAUUUUGAUAUUUGAAUAAAAUCAAUAUAUUCCAUUAAUGCAAUUACCAAUUUAGUAAUUGUAGCAUCUAUCAAUUUAAAACAGUAUAAUGGAAACUGCAUUUAUAGAAGGAACAAUAACGUUUUAACAUUAAUCUAUUUUGGAAGCCUAUAGAUUAAUGGAAGAAUACUAAUAAAUUAACCUUUUGAAAUAAAAAUUUGGUUAUUCGGAUAUGAUAGAUACAAACGAUGUCAGUUAAAGUUAAAUAAUAUGA